AUGUACCAACGGUCCAUUCUCACGGCCUCUCUCUUCGCUGCUUCUACUUGGGCCCAAGUCCCCGGCCCCCUCACACCUGAGGUUCAUCCACCCAUUACAUCCUACAAAUGCACCAAAGCAGGGGGUUGUGUUGCUCAAAAAAGCGGGAUCGUUCUUGAUGCCAACUACCGUUGGCUCCACAACAAGGAAGGCUACACCAACUGUGUUACCACCGGCUUCAACAAGGACUUCUGCCCUGACAUCGAGACAUGCGCGAAGACCUGCUCCCUCGAGGGUGUCGACUAUGCUAGCUAUGGUAUUCGCACUAGCGGCGAUGCCUUGACCCUGAAUAUUUACAAGACGGAUCCAGCGACCAACGUGACGAGUUUGUCAAGCCCGAGAGUAUACUUGAUGUCAGAUGAUGAGACAUUCGACCACUUCAAGCUUCUGAAUGCCGAGUUCUCGUUCGAUGUUGAUGUCUCGAAAGUCCCAUGUGGCAUCAAUGGUGCUCUGUAUUUCUCGGAGAUGAAUGCUAAGGGAGAUGCGAAUGAGCUUAACAAGGCUGGUGCAAAGUACGGAACAGGAUACUGCGAUGCUCAAUGCCCAUCGCAGAACUUCAUCAAGGGCCGAGCCAAUCUGAACGGCACUUACGGCGCCUGCUGCAACGAAAUGGACAUUUGGGAGGCUAACAAUGCCGCCACCGCCUACACUCCCCAUCCCUGCAACGCCAAUCAGGUCUUCGCCUGCUCCGGCACCGAAUGCGGUAACGGUGACUCGCGGUACAAAGGUGUUUGCGAUAAAGAUGGCUGUGACAACAACCCAUAUCGCAUGGGUGACAAAAGAUACUAUGGUGUUGGCACAAACUACACAGUCGACACAUCGAAGAAACUUACCGUUGUCACCCAAUUCUACACGACCGAUAACACCGCUACGGGAACUCUCAAGGAGAUCCGUAGACUUUACAUCCAAAACGGCAAGAUUAUUCAAAACGCCAAAGUCAGCAUUGCCGGCAUGUCCACCGAGGGCUCCAUUACAGACGCGUACUGUGCUUCCAACAAAAAGGUGCUCGGCGGCACAGACCACUUCACGCAACUCGGUGGCCUCAAAACUAUGGGCGAUGCACUUGGUCGUGGCAUGGUUCUCGCGCUGUCGAUCUGGGAUGAUUCGGGAUCGUACAUGGGGUGGUUAGACCAGGAGAGAUAUCCCGCUGAUGCUGAUGCAGCGACCCCAGGCGUUGGACGCGGCCCGUGCCCAGUGACGGGUGGGAGGCCGGCGGAGCUGAUUAAGCAGUAUCCAGAUGCAAAGGUGGUCUUCUCGAAUAUCAGAAGCGGGGAAAUUGGGAGUACUUUUUCGAAUGGAACUGUACUGAGAUUUGCGAGGCAUUAG